UUUGAUAUGUGAUUAUUUUAUUGAUUGGAUCCUUUUUUUUGAAUUUUAAUCAAUUUUUGUUUUGUGUUUUCAUAUAUUAUACAGAACGUCAUGUUUCCACCGGAAAAUAUGACAAACGAGACAACCACGGCCAUUAUGAUGUUGAGCACAACGUUCAUAAACGACGGGCCGAUGGUGGACAGCGACGCAGUAUCGCCGGUCACGCUUAGUAUGGAAUGGAGCAGGGUCGCAAGACUGUUGAUCAUGAUCGGCCUAUCCGUGAUCGGUAGCAUCGGCAACGUGUACAUGAUUAGUUCGGUAAUGAUUGAGGAUCAUCUCAACAAGAGGGGUAAGUGCAUCUCAAACAUUAAACGAUCAUAUUAUUAUGUUUGACUUGGAAAAAAAAAUAGUAGUAUUGGAACUCUAUACAUAUUAUUUAAAAAAUUGUGGUGAAAUAUACCAGAUACUAAUAUAUUAUAAACCCCAGGGUUGUUCCGCAGUACAAAUUGAAAAAUGUACACUAUAAAUUUUGCAUUUUAUUUAUUCGAUUUCUUUGUCUUAUUGCAAUAGCAGCAACUGCACUAUAUCGUCUAUAUGUUGUCAAGGUGACACGUUUGUUCCUAUUUAUUAUUAAUUUUAUUUCGAGGUUUUUCGAGUCUUUAUGUAGUCCGUUGGUAAUUUAUCAGAAUAGAUAAAUUUCCUAUAAAUGAUUUUAAAAGUUUAAACAGAUUUUUCGGACAAAGACAAUAAAACUCGGGUAUAGUAUUUGGCUGCAGGAUUUUCAGAUUAUAUGCUCUAAAUUUGAGAUAUUUUCGUUACAGGACAUUUUCAAUAUAUACUAUAUGUACAGAUCGUGCAAAUAAAUCGCGUAAUAAAAUAAAGACAAAAUACUAAAUAAUUUUAAAAUACUAUUUUGUCUAUUUUAUAUAUAGUAGACAUAUUCUUUGCAAACAAAAAUAAAUAACCGGAUAGGCACUAUCAUAAUAAAAUACAAUACUAUACUUCGUCCAAAAAAAAAAAAAAAAAAAAUGGUAAAAUUGAAACCCCUAAAAGGCAGGUCAUUGAAACCAACGCCAACGCAUAUAUAAUAUACAUUUCACCCCAUUGGCUUCAUUUUAAGAGUUUGUAAGGGUGUUAAAAGCUAAAAAAAACACUGACUACACGCAACAAAAUGUUUAAAUCCAUAUUGAAAUACAACCCUAAUUUUACCACUUCAAUCCGCCAAUAAAACCGCUUUAAUUCCCAAAUUUAGGCUCAUCUGGUCCAAAAGGAACAGCUUAACGUUUUCAAAAGUACUGGGAUCUAUUAUAUAUAUAUAAUAGAUACUAAGAUACAGCACAUUGCAUUAGUCUCUACUGUCAGGAAAAACUCAAAAAAAAAGACAAACAUUUCUGGACUCCUUCAAAUUUUGUUUUUAGACACACGACUUGGUGAGAUUACUGGAACAGCAAUGUGUGGGCACGUGCGGCUAUAUAAUAAAAAUACUCUGUAUCUUUCCGUAUAUAUAUAUUGUGAUGUAUUUCUCUAUACGAUCUCUGUAUUUACCUCGGUUGUGGUUACGCAGGCUAUUAUAUUUUAUAAGCUGUUGAACGUUCUUAUAUUAUACGGAUAGAAUGACGUUGAAAACUUUUACGGGGCGGCGUGGCGGUUCUAUAACGGUAAAUUUCGUGCCGGGAUAAAUCUCUCUCUCUUUCUCUUUUUCUGUCUCUAUCUCUCUCUCACUCUCUCGAAUAAAACGUAUACAAUAUACUAUUAUCAAUAAGGUAAUUUCUUGAAUUACGCACCACCUGGUAAGUAUAUAUAGAUUCGUGUAAUGGUACAUAAUAAUAUAUUAUUGUGAUAUCGGGUUGCAAUUGCUAUUAUAAUAUUGUAACAUUUGUAACCAAGUGUAUAAAAAAAUUAUAAAUACAAAUACAAAUCACAUUAGAAUUCAAUUUUAAGAGGACUUCAGUCGUUGAAAAUAAUUUGAAAAUGUAUUGAACCGAUACAUUAAAUAAUUUGUAUUUCAUUUUUCGGUCUUAAAAAUAUUUUGUUUAACAAUCCUUAUUAGAUUAAUUAAAAGGUCAAAUGUUCCUCUACUGUUUCUAUGCAUAACAACUUUCUUCGAUUCUUUUUACAGAUUAUACAAUCCUUUACUAAAUCGAAUAUAAUCUGAUUCAUAAGUCUUUUCCUGGUUUCCUUUCGAUUUUUCCUUCAAUUAUUAAUAUUUCAGUAAAUGAUUUCAAAGUUCAAUAAUAUACGACACCCGCUAGUUAAAUACUAUUUAAAAUAUUUAAUAUUAAAUACUCAUUAAAAAAUUAUAGAAUUAUAAAAAAACACAUGUAAAAUAGAUUCUGAAAGGUGAAGAAUGUAUUGGUUUUACUGAGAUAUUAAUUUUUUUCUUUUUAUUUUUUUUUUAUUUUUUUAUCUUGUGUACACAAAGUCUACCAGAAACCUUACUUAGAUAUAUACGCGUGGCACCAUUUCUGAAUAAGAAUGUUGGUACUUUUGGGAGGUCAUUUUUUGAUUUUCUAAGUGGUUUUCAUAAUAUGUGGAAAAAAAUCAGGAAAAAAGUAAGAAAAACGAGAAAUGUACGAAAUUAAUGCUUUUAUUAUUUUUAAAUUUUGUUAUUUGUUGUAAUUCAGUUAAAAAUAUUCGUAGAGACAAUAAAUUUGGACAGCAAACAUGUAUUUGCAUUUUCUAGACGCGGUAAAAUUAAAAACGUUUGAGUCAUUUUUAGGCUUUUUAUAGAAAUCGUGAUAUUUUUGCUGAAAUUCAGUUAAAAAUAUUUGUAAUGAUUCUACGGACCUAAAUUUGGACAGAAAUAUUAUAUUUGUCUUUUCUAGACGUAGUAAAAUUUUCAAAAUAUUUAAGCCAUUUUUGAGCUAUUUAUAGACAUUUUAAUUUUGCGAGUUUUGUACGUAAUUUUUAUUAGAUAGGUACUCUGUGGUAAAAUUUCUAGACUUACACAGAAAUGUUUGAAGAUUUAACAGGUUCAUUAGGAGUCUAACUUAGUAGUAAAAAAAAAAAAAUUGAGUUUAUUAAAUUAAGAAUUAAGAAUUAAAUUGAGUUUAAUGUAGAUAUUUUUUAUAAGAGAAUUUUAAUAUUUAAUUUUUAAGAAAAUCGUUUGAGUAAAAAAUUAUGUGGAAUAAAUCUAAUUUAUCAUUUUUUUUUUUUUUUUAAGUAUAUAUAUUGCCGAUUUAAUAAACGAUGGAAAAGUCAGAAUUAAACGGACUGACUAAUUUUCGAAAUUAUAGCUUUUUGAAGUUCUGAUAUUAUGGCGAUAUUAUAUGUCAUAUUAAAUAACUCUAUAUUGUACCUAUUGAAGCAUAUUUGUUGUGAUCUAAUGUUUAUUUAUACCUAGGGGUAUCAUCCUAGGGGUUCCAAGUUCAAAUCAGUAAAUCAUGAAAAAAUAGUUUGCAUUUUUUUUUCCUUUUACCUAAACAAGAAAAAAACAAAUGCAUUUUGGGUGUACUCAGAGACCCAAGCCAUCGCUCGCUUAGAUUAUUUUAAUCGCAAAAUACUUCUCGAUUUGUUGUGCAAACUUUUCUACCAGCAAUUUCUUUCCGAUUUACAAUGAUGGCACUUUUUUAAAAAAGAAAUCUGAUCAGUAAGGUACUUUCGGAAGAUCAUUUUUCGAUAUUCCCAAGAGUUUUUAGAAGGUCAUUUUUUAAUUCACUCAAGAGUUUAACAUCAAAUGUGAAAAACCGAAAAAAAACUGAGGAAAAACGGGAAAAUGUAUGAAGUAUAUUAGUAAAAUGUCACGAUUCUUUUUGAGAAUAACUUUUCUACCAACAAUUUUUCUCCAAUUUACAAUAAUAGUACUAUUAAAAUAGGUUGAUACGUAAUAUUAUUAUAUGCACACGUAGUUAUUCUGAUAUGCAUUUGAAUAAUCUACUUUAUUCGAUAUUAUGCAUUCAACUCGAUGUUUUAAUUAAAAUCACGUACCCGUACCUAUAGUUAAUAUUAAUAUGCUUGACCGCACAUACCCACUCUUAUUAUUAUAAUAUCUAUAAUACGGAAUUAAUUCAUAAGCCGGACUUUACAUAUAUACGCAGUGUCCCUGCUUUGAAAGACGCGAGCGAUGCCUGUCAAUGAAUAAAUAAUAAUAUUGUCGUUGAAAUCGAUACUUACCAAUCGCUUAUACAUACCUAUUUUUCUGUUACUCUGUAAACAUUUUCCAUCAUAAAUCAUUCAGUGUUCUGAAUUUAUUGAUUAUUAUUUCUUGAAAAUAAUCUAAUCGAGUAUAAUAUUUUAUGCGGUGUGGCAAUUAUUAAAGUAUUUUUAAUUUUGUUAAUUAAUUUUAUAUUUACGUAUUAUGCUAUAAUAUGAUUUAUGUGGAUUGUGCUCUCUGUGAAUUUUAAACGUAACAAUACUCUUUAAAAGUUUAGUUUAAAAAGUCGGUUAACUUCGCACGUAGGUAGGCCACUGUUAGAGGUGAGAAGUUUGGAAGAUAGUAGAGGGGAAAUUAAAUGUAUAUCUGUAAGCAACGAAUCCCACACCUUUUUUGCACGUUCCAAAAUCUGCUAUUUUUACGUGUCAGUGUCCUAUAACAAGUUGUCUAAUUUCAAAUCACUAACAAAUAAUAAAUGCAUCAUAUUAAUAACAACGGCAUUUAUAAAAAUUAUAUUGAACAUUAUACUAACCGAUAAAUGAUACUAUUUUCAUGUAAAUACCGUAGUCCUAAAACAACACAAGCAACAUAAAAAACUGCUCUUGGUUCUGUAAACGCCCCGUUAUUUAUGUGCGUAUUUAAAUCACCACCAGCAACAUAUUCCAUUACAAAACAAAUAUCAGCCUGUAAACAAUAAACCAAAUAAUUUUAAAAUACAAAUAAACAGCCAAUUUUUAGUACAUUUACAUCUGUUUGAAAGCGGGUGAAUAAGUUUACUAAGAAUGGGUUUCGGUUAUCAUUAGCAAGUUCCAAUACCUUAUUUUCAUAGUGUAACAACUCUAUUACAUUGUCAGCAAUUAUAUUAUAUUUUUUUUUUAGUGUUUUUAUGGCGAAAUACUCACUUGAUUUUCUAUGUUAACACAAUAUUACCUAAUAUGAAUGGAAAUAAAAAUAUGAAACACAAAUUACUUACUUAUAUUCUAAUUAUUUCUAAAAAUAAUUAUUAUCUUUUCAAAACUGCUUCUACCUAAUACGCGCAGAAGUCUAAAAUCGUCCAUUGACAUUUAUACAAUUUUUCAUCUACCUCGGAACUUUGUAAAUCUUUGGCAUCUUUUACAACUACAGCUUCAAUUCAUGAACGAUUUCGUAACUUUACAAUACGUUCUUCUAAAGGAAUUUCCAAAUAUGAUUCAAACUUUCCUAAAAUAAUAAUACCGUACUAAUUAUAAAUACCUGAAAUUUAUUAAUAUGAAAAUUCCUAAUAACUGCACAAACACUGAUUAUCACUAUGAACCCCUUAGAAGACUUGUAAAUAUCAGCUCUCUAAGUUCAAGACGUGUAUAUUAUGACGUCAUAUUUAUUUACAAUAUCUUACAUGUAAGAUGUGCCAUGGCACAAUAAAAGAUAGUUUUCUUUUCAGUUUAAAUAAUAUAUCAGUUCCCACAUAUUUUUCAUUCCUCUCAGAAAACUUUACAAAUUAGUAUAUUAUCUUUUUAGCUAUUUCUUUUUUCUAAUAUAUUAUAUACUAACUAUAAAACUUGAGCGCUAAUAGUCUCAUUUAAUUUUAUGUAUAUUCCGCUACCUGUCUAUAUGCGCUUUUUGUCAAGCUAGUAUAAGCAUCUAAUUUCCUGUACUGUAUGCUUAUUACCUAUUUGAAUUCCUAAUUUUUAUUGUAAAAUAUUUAUUAAUUCUUUAAAGUUAAAAAUAGAUUGAUCGAUAAAAAAAAAAUGUAUUGUUUAAUUUACUUUGUAAUUUUCAUUACAGCGAUUUUAAUGAAAAUGAAAUAAAUUCAAGGUGUCUUUUUUUUGAGAAUUUAAAAUUUAAGUUAGAAGUGAAUAAUGGUAUUGAGAUGAAAGCAAUAAAUAUAUAUCUAUAUACAAUUGGGAAUAAUUUGUAUUUCAUAAUAUUUGAAAUCUAAUUAUCAAUUUCCAAUAUUAUUAUAAAAACCAAAAUAUAAUAUAUGUUAUUAAUUACUUGAAAUAGAAUGAUCCACUGAUCCAAUAACUCCAGGUAUCGUGUGUAUGCCGGACAAAAAAUAAUUAUUCGAAAUGCCAGCAUACGAUUGAUGUCUGAUUGACGAUCCAUAUUGAGAACGACCUAGGACUCCAGUCCUUGUAGUUGCUCUUGUAACUAUAGCACCUUAAUGUGAGAUUUUCUCAUGAUUUCCCUGAUACCAGAUAACGGAUUACAAUUUUUCAUAACUUUUCGCAAUUUCUCGGCACGUUCUUACAUUUUGACCUCGCGUUCGAUUUCCCACCAAAUGGAUUCCUUCAACUAUUAAGCAGGAAUCAACACAUCGAUGGAAGAUUGGUCGGGAAAUGCACAGUUAUUGUUGUUUGAUACCAAACCGUACGCAAAAACCAAUUCAUAUUGAACGGGAUUACACGAGUAUUCACCCUGAAAAUAAUGUAUCAUAAUUAAAUUAAAGUAAUAUGUCUUGUAUGUUUGAGAUUUUAACAUUCUUAUAUUAUACAAUAUACUAAAUAAUUGUUUGAAAAAACACGACCCUAUCAUUGUUUUGGAUUAAUUAUAUAUUAACAAAAGACAAACAUAUAAAUUUAAAUUUAAAAUUAAAUAAAAUCGUUAUAAAACGAAUUUAUGUACAAAUGUAAUACUAUUAAAAGCAAAUGUUAUAGAAAUACAUAGACUUCUAUUACUACACAUAGAAGUCUGUGAUUAAUUGUUGAGUACAGACGUAUUAUUAAAUUCCCCUCUAUAUCCUACCUUCCCAACAAGAAAAAAAUAGGCAUCCUAGGAUAAUGGAGACGGGUGCAGCCACUGUUUUAGGUAAUUUAAUGUAUAUUUAUAAGCAACGACAAACUAUUGCUAACGAAAAAACGAUUCUGAGCCUAAUUCAGUUGAUAGUAAUGCUUUGUCAACAAUAUAUUUCAUUUUAAAGUAAAAUAAUUAAAUUGGCUUUAUAUAUUUUCUUUAAUAAUAUUUGUUUGAUGCACCGAUUUUCCCUUAUUUUUCCCAGUUGUCCACAUUUGCUGGAAAAACACUUGGCAAAAUCGAAAAAUGACCUUCCAAAAGUACCUUGCCAGUCAGAUUUCCUUUUAAAAAAAAUACUUUUGUUGCAAAUUGGAGAAAAAUUGUUGGUAGAAAUUUUGUUCACUGGAAAAUAGAAUCGUGACAUUUUACUAAUAUAUUUCGUGCAUUUUCCCGUUUUUCCUCCGGUUUUUUUUUUCGGGUUUUCAUAUUUAAUGUUAAACUCCUGAAUGAAUUGAAAAAUGACCUCCUUAAGUAACUUCCUACACCGAAUUCCUUUCAGAAAAGCUACACUUUUUAAUCGGAGCAAGAUUUCUAGUAGAAAAGUUGUCCACAGAAAACAAAAAUUAAAAUAUAAACACCUUUGUAAAACUAUAGCUUCUUCCCUUCACUCAAAAUCUUAAAAUUAUUAUGUUGUUUUAGAUUGGUAUGACUAUGUCGAUUUUAAUUUCCAACUGUUGUUACAAUAACCACAUGACGUAGAUGAUUUUGCAAGUUAUUUGUUUUCGCUAAAUUUAUUUAUGUUCACCGAAAUUAUCUGCCGUUAAUUAUUUCCUACCUAUAAAUUAUUAUGUGUAUAAUAACAGUAAAAACCGAUUUGCAUUAGGAAAGGCAUUUUUUGAUUUUUUUUUAAAUUUUUUUUCAUUGUAUUUGGAUAAAAUUUGUUUAGCUUCUCAAAAAUUUGAUACAUUUAGCUAAUAAACUAAUAUCACUAUUGUUUUUUCUCUAUUACUUACUCUCUAGUAAGUACUUUCGUUGUGCGUGGGAAAAUAAAGUAAAUAAUUUAACCGAAAUCUAAACAAACUGAAAAUUUGAAACAAUUCCAUAAAACAAAUAACAUAUUAUAUAUAUAUAACAAAAAUAUAAAAAUAAUUAAAUAUGCACAAUUUUAGUGAUCCUUGUCCUCUGCAAAUUAGGUGUGGUUCAAUCAUUGUAAGGGAUGCUAAUUUUUUGUUAGUCUCAUAGUCUCUAUUCUUUUAUUUUUCCAAAUUAAGCACUGGGUAUAUACAGUAUCAAUAUACACUGUACACUAUACUACAAUAUUACAAGUCGUUGCGUUCAAGUAAUAAAUAACGUCUAAACGGGAGCAGAUGAACACACAUCGUUUUCGUUUUGAUUUACUGAACCAUAUAAUUUAAAUAACUAUACUUACAGUAACACGUCGUGUGCAUAUAUAUAUAAUUAUAUAUUUCAUUUGUCACUUGUUAUUUGCCGAACACAUAACACUUCAAGCCAUUACUUUUAAAUGUGUAUAUGGAACGUUAAAACAUAUCGUUUUAAGUCGAAAAUCGACCGAACGGUAUUUGAAAAAAAUAUUAAAUAAUUAUAGAUCGUAAUAUAAUAAAAUAAUCUAUCCACGAGUGGCAUUGCGAUAAAACUGUUUUUCUGAGGUCAUUUCCUGUAUACAAAUUGGUGAUUAGGUAUACUAGGUGAUUGGAAAACCAUGAAAUUAUAGAAUACAAUAAAAGUCAAAUUAAUAGAUAGCUAUAACGAGUGAUGAAGGCGAGGGAAAGGAAGAAGAAGAACUAUAAUAACAACUUAUUAUCGAUACUGUUUAUACUAUUUAAUGGAAAUAGUUUUGACAACUAUUGAGCCUUACAUUAAAAAAAAAAUGUUCUUAAACGCAUCAAUUAAUUCUAUCCACUACAGUUGUAUGUAUAUAUUCGUAUAAUGUGUGGCCCAGAGAAAUUGUUAGUUAUCCCUCAGAGGUCCAGAAAUAUAGGUACGUGGUUACAGGAUGGUUACUUAUAUUAUUAUUAUUUUGGUCGUCGGUGUGCCAAUAUUUUUUAUUAUUAAUAUUUCUUUUUUUGUUUAUGAAAAAAGUUUUGGGCCGUGUCUGAAUGAAAGAGACGUGCGGUGAGUAUAUAGAAAACGCGUGACCCGAAUGCGGGCACACUAUGCACGCAAACCGUCGCAAUGAAAAAUGAAAACGUGACUUCACAAAUUUAAAUAUAUGCUCUCAACCUAAUUUGCCUAUCUGAGAGGCUAGAUAAUCCACUGGGAGUAGUAGAUAGGCCACCACGGUUUCUUUUUUUUUAAUCUUUUACAGUGGCAUUUCGUUAGUGAACUUUUUUAUUUUCUAACCAAUCCCCCCUUAAUUUCAACAUUACGGUUUCACAAUAAUGUCUAAACGAAAUAUUAGUAUAUUAUAUAGGUACGGGUGUAAUAUUUCAGCAGUUUAAUUACGGUAAAAUUCGCAGACAAUAAAUGCGCAUGUAUUGUGGCCCAAUGUACGAUGAAAAUUUAUUAGAUUAGGUAAUCCGACACCUCUCUCGAGUCUCGACUAAAUUUAUUUCCGACUUUUACUUUGUUUCGAUAUAACCUUUAUAUCCUCGCAAGAAUCUACAAUAUAUAUACCUAAUAUUAUGUAUACUUUUUUUUUCGUAAAUUAUACAUGAAUAUUUGUUUUUGUUUUAUUUUUGUAUGUAUACGCUCAAAAAAUACACAAACAAUUUGUAAGUGUAAUGGACAGUGUGCGUACCUAAACUAAAAUAUACAGUAUACACAUAAUAUAAUUCCUAAAAAUAAUAAUAUCGAAUAAAAUAUUCAUGAAAUAACCAUAAAAGGUUUCUACGUUAAUGUAUAUCAAACUAGGCUACCCAAUGGCCUGUUUAAAUAGAGGAAAGGUGUAAGGGAAAUAUAUACCCAGCCCUCAUAUCUUUUUUUCCUUCAAUAUUUAUAAUACUAUAAUAUAUUACAAUAUUACCUAUUUAUUUCUCAAACAAAUAGAAUUAUCCCCGAAAACCGGGGGUCGUGGACAUGCCAAACGGAACAUGGGAAAUAAAUUGGUAAGUACACGAAGUAUGUGAAAGAGAACAACUCUGAUCACGAGGACAGCCAAUUAAAACAUUUAAAACAAUUUUAUGUUUUUCUUAUUUAGUCCUCGGGAGAGCCGUACCCAUUUCCAUGCGUUAUCAUAUCGAAUGCUCUGUCUAGAUGUAUGUCUAAGUCUAUGACUGUAACUGAAACUUAAUAAUAUAUACAAUAUAUAUUCUGUAAGACGGACGUGGGAGGUCAAACUAAAUGUUUGUCUAAGUUUUCAUGGCGAAGAAACAAAAGUUUCAUGCCAAAGACAAAUGAACGUUGUUUAUCACGUAGACGUGAACCGGAGAAACGAGGUUCAGAGUGAAAAUUAAUGUCCCCGCCCACUACAAUCCGAUGAUAUUAUAAUAUAACAUGACGCUAUUAUAUUCGAAAUCGCAGAAGACGGGAAACGUUUUUUUUUUUUUUUUUUUUUUUUUUUUUUUUUUUUUAUUCGUCCAGUCAACUAUUAUCCGACUUGAAACGUGUAAUAAAAAAAAAAUUCCCGAGGAUUAUUAUAAUAUAUAAAGAGUUUUAUUAAGUACUGUCGUGGGAAAUAAAACGUAUAUCCUAAAAGGCCUUAUAAUAUAGAUGCAGGCAUCAUGGUUUUAUUACUGCGAUAGAUAUCUCGAAUAUGAAAAUAAUAAAAAAAUAUACACAUAAAAAUACGGCACAUAUAUGUUUACCUAUGUAUAUUUUAUUUUUUUUUUUUAUUGCCAAAACUGCGGUUUUUCGGUAUAAAUUUAAUUAAAUUAAAAAAAAGUUGUUACUGCUCUCGAUAGGUCGUUGUAAGUGGGUAGUUAAGAAAAAUCGAUAAAUCGUUUCAAACAAAAAACCAUUCUAAGCGGAGUUGUAUUAAUACGAGUAUUUAUACAACGUUAAGAAUAAGAACGUACCCAGAUGGAGGACCAAAACAGGUUCACCGCUACGCUAGUCAGCUACAAUUGGUUUACAACUAUGACGAGGUAUGCUCAACUUACUAUGACAAGGUUGUAGCUGGGAAUUAGUCGCUGCUUGCACUACAAAGUACGUUUGUAUUCUGAAUGGGAUAAAGUAUAAGUCAAGUUCCUCAUUCCCCCUUGUAACUCAGAAAUCAAUAAAAAUAAAACUAAUAUAUCUUUCAACGUAUCAAUAUUUGUUGUUUAUUACGUAUUAAAAAUUCCACAUUUUUCAAAAUAGGUGUGAUAUGAAAAAAUCUGAUCAUUUUUAAUAUAAUCAAAAAAGUGUUUUCCUAGAAAAAAACACACAUCGUAGUAAAAUUAAUAGCUUUUUCGCUACUCUCAGAACAUACAAAUAUAAAUAAUCUAUGAAUUUAUGUAUAAGUAUUACGUUUCGGAGCGUUUUACAACGAAAUUCAAUAUACUGUAUGAUAACAACAACCUUUGAUAUCGAAUAAUUUCAAUCGUUUACGGCCAUAUACUUUAAAUCGCAUAUAACUAUACUCCGUUCCAAAUAAGAACGCACCGGGCAGCGGACGAUAAUCGGUCAAAACUCGCGCAGCCGAUUAACGUAGAGCAAAUAGAUUCAGCCAAAGGGACAGGACGUCGCUCCACGAUGCAUUGUGUUCUUAUAUGAAACAGAGCAUAAUAAUUUCAACUUGAAUAUACACCGUGGCAAACUAUAUGUACUUAUACAGUUUUUCCAAUUUCAUGAUACAGUCAAAUUUUUCAUGAAUAACUUUUUUUUUCAGUAAAUGACUUACCUAUGUAAAAACUUUUAGAAUUAUAUAUCAUAUAAUUUUACUUUAUCUUUAUUUUUGAAACUCCAAUUUUUUGGGAUUGAAACGGUUAUCUAUUUUUGAUUUUCAAAUGGCAGCUGUUAACGAAAUAUUCCUUUUUUAAGAUCAAACACCGUGAACUGCGCUGCCAUUCGCCACACAAAUGAGGCUCCACCACUCUCACCUUACCCAAACUUACAAGUAAAAUACAUCGUCAAUGGGUUGACGGAAAUAAAAAAUUUCAACAUCAAAAUUUAUUUAAAUUAAUUCUUUAUAUCAAAAGUAGGUAACCGAUUCUGAAUGUGGCUAUUAGUUUUACUAAAAUGUGUAUGAUUUUUUUUUUUUUUUUGGAAAACACUUUUCCGGUUAGGAAAAAGGCUACGAUUUUAUCUUGUGAUACAUUAAAAGGUGCCAAUUUAUUACUUAAUUGUACUUUAUUUAAAAUAUUUUUCAAAAUUCCAAAUACUUUUCUAAAAGAUUAAUUUUUAUAACUUUUUUGGUUAGGUAAUAUUUUUUCACGCAUUAUCUCAAGAGAUACCGAUUUUUUAGAGUACUUUAUUUGGAAAAAUAUUUAAUAUAACUACAAAUUUCGGUAUAUCGGUUUUUUUUUAUUAUUAUUUCUUGGUUACCUUUACUAUGAAACAAAAAACAUUAUUAAUACUACACCGUUCAGAAUCGUGUUUUAUUUAAAAUAAUUUAUCAUUGCGUAUAUUAAAAAAACUAAAUUACACUAUACAUAUAUAUAUCCUGCCUAUCAAAAUACUUACCUUCAACAGUGGUCUAUACUUGAGCAAUAUCAACUUUCAAUAAUUUGUUUGAAUAUAUACAAUUAUAUAAUAUAACAAUAUAAUGUAUAAAUAUUCGACAAAAUCUAAACAAUGACUAGGAAAUUUUGAUUGAAACAUAGGGGAAAAAUAUUAUUCUUUCCACAACUCAUAAUAAACUGCAAUAAAUUGUCGUCGCAAUUUAUGUUCGGAAUUAAGAUGGGAUUUAAUAGAAAGUUAUAUUGAAAUUAAGUGUCGCCGGCGAUAUAAUAAAUAAACAUUAUAUUUCGAUUAUAAGACGACAGCCGAUAAUACAAACAUAGAGUUUUUUUUUAAUAAACUUUAUAGAUUCCCAAUAAUAUAAUUGAAUACUUAAUAUAUAUUAAAUUCCGUAACAAGUUAGAUGUCUCGAUUUCUCAUGAAAUACACUCGAGUUUUUUAUUUUUCUGUUUUAUAAUAAUAAGAAUAGACCGUAUAUUUAUACAAAUUAAUAAAAAAAAAUUUUUUUUAAAAAUAGAAAAAAACUGUUUCAUUAUAUUUUUAUAGAAUUUUUUAAUUACAAGAGUAUUUUCUACAUAAAAACAUUUUUCUGGGUAAUAAAUAAUAAUCAAAUAUUCAUAAUUUAUUCAUAUUUCUGUAUAGUUCAGCUACGGUGUUUAACAGAUGAUAUUGAACUCUAUGGUAAUUUAGAGACGUGGUUUUUGGUUUAAUUUCCUACUUCAAAUUUUAAAACCAGGAUAACUGUGGAAAAGCACAAAACCAAAAUCACUCAUUGUUAUUUAAAUUUUAUUAAGUCUGUGUUUGUAACAAUGACGUAUAUUAUCUACCUUUGAUUUUCGUCAAUCAUAGAUAAGUGAAAAAGUUACUAUCCAAUCUCUACAUAUUCAUUUUUCUAAUACCAAUUUUACUCUUAUUAAAAUACUAAAUUAAAUAAACUAUAACUAAACCUAGUAUUUCUAUGGAUUAUAUUAAUUUAACUGUAAUAGACAUAAAAAUACUACCGUUAAAUAUUUAGACGUUAUUAAAAUUCACAUUAUUGAAAUAGGUUAGUCGACAGCUAAAAGUUUUUUGUUUAAUUUAAUUUCUAUUACUUUUCCCUUAAUACUCUGGAAAGUUUGCUUUAUCGAUUUAACAUAAUAUUCUGUAAAUUAAAUUCCUAAUAUAUAUAUAUAGCAUUAGUUUAAAUAAUUGCAUUCUUAUUAUUUAUUUGCAUAAUAAUAAUAUUAUCAAAGGCCGUGUUUAUAUUUAUACAAAAAUCUUGGAAGUUCUACAUGUAUUCGUUUUUUCUUCGGCAAACUUUGAGACUCUCCCUUUUUGAAAUAAUUUAACAUUCAGGGCUCGAUUUUAAUCAAUUACUUAUCUGAAGAAGAAGCAGAGAUAUAAGAGUAAGAAAAUUUGUGGGUGAAUUAGUUUGAGUAAAAAUAAACUGGCAUGCUUAUUGGAACUUGGUCUGGCGCUCUGAUAAAUAUGCUGGCAAUAAAUACCAAUAGUAUAUUUUAAAUUUGGUUUUGUUAUUAAUUUAUAUAUUAUAUACUUAUAUGGUCCUCGCAAAUUUGAAUAUUACUUUUCGUACGUUCGUUUCAUUACAUUUUUUUCCCCCGACCUUAUUCUUGUAUCGCGAAUUUGCAGUAGGUAUAGCUGGUACUUUAUAUCGUUUUACCGCAGCAAAACUGCACCAUUAUACCCCAAUAGGUACCCUAUUAAUAUAUAUAUAUAUAUACAAAAAUGUCUAACAAAAAAACAUCGACUUUCUUUUUCGAGGGUCCGAAAUAUUGUCCGACCGGAAUUUUAAUAACGCCCGCGAAGAAGAAGAAAAACCAAAAAAAAUUAAUAAAAAUACAUUCGUUUUUAUUAUAUGGUAUACUAGGUACCUACGAACGACCCGAUAUUAUACGCAUUAUUAUACUCGUCUGACGAUAUCUAUAGUAGUUCUUACAUAUUAUCGAUAUUGUGUUAUAUACAGAAUAGGUAUACCUAUCACCUUCGAAAUGGCAAAAACGUAGUCGAGUUAUGUAAUAGAUUCCGAACGUGUUUUUUUCUUUUUUAUGACGCAGAACCGUUGGAAUAUUACGAGAAAUAGGUAUGUAGGUAGGUAAGUAAUAUGGGACAUCAAAAUCGAAUUUCACUACCAACUCAAAGACAAUACUUUCAAUAACGUUUUGCAGCGCGACCAUUAAACGUCACCAAAAAUGUCAUAUUAUUAUUAUUUUUCUACGACGUCAAUAAAUGCUCCUUCAUAUAGUUUAUAGUACCUAUAUAGAAAUCUAUUACUGUAUACUACAAUAUUACGAAUGUCGUUCAAAUUUAUGUCUAUAUACAUUUACGUUGCGAUGCACCCUGUGUUUUUAUAAAAAAAAAAAUGUAAAAUUCAUUUCCACUCAUAUUUACGAACUGCUACAGUGUUGUAUAAUACAUUUUAAAAUAUCUAGAUGAACAUAUUAAAUGACAAUUAAUAAAAGAAUUAUCUAGACGAAUGUAAAAGAUACGUACAAAUUCCCAAUAGAUAUUUAAUGAAUAAUCAGCAGCUUUAUAUUUAGAUAACAAAAAGUAAUUUUUUUUUUUUUUUUUUAUAACUUACCAUAAAUAAUUAAGUGGGAAAAAUUGUACUAGAUCUAGGAACACAUUCAGUUUUUAAAAUGUUUAUAUUGCUACAACUCUAAUUUAGUAAUUCAUAAGCCCAAAUUAUAAUUUACAUAUAAAUUAAAUACUUCAGCUAUUAUUUUAAAUUACUAUAUUGAUUAUAAUAACAAUACAAGUACAAAGAUUUGCAACUCCUCAAUAAACAUAGCUAUAGUGACGAGGAUUUUUAUAUGAAUUUAUAUUAAAGGAAAUUAUAAAUAAUAAAAUAAUAAAGUAAAAACAAAAUUAUUAAAAUGGUUAAUACUAUUAAAUAAAUAUAUAAUUAAAAAAUUAUACAAAUUGGUCGUUUUACAUAGAAAUAAUUUAUUUGUAUAGGCUAGGUUAUUUAAAAUUAGUCAUUAUAAAUAAUCUCUCCUAUUAAAAUAAAUUAUUUCUAUGCAAAACGCCAAUAUGUAUAUUUUUUUUAUGUAUGUAUUCCUUCAUUUAAUUAUUAUAUUCAAUCGCGUUUUACAUUUUGACUGUGAUGUACCUGAUGAUGAAUUUUCAAUUAAAAGCCAGUUGGAAAUUAUAAAGUUUAUAAUAUUACUAAGUUUCCAUAAUUUACAAUGAUCAACUAUAAAUUAAUUGGUGUAAAAUACUGAAAUUCACAGCUUUUAUGUAAAAUUUUAAACAUUCAACUACAUUUUUGAACUUAUAAAUUUAUCGACGAACUUAUAGUAAUUCACAUUAAUUUGAUUGUUAAUGAAAUAGCUCUAUGUCAUACCAAAAUUCUUAUAAAAAACCAGCAUAUCUUACUUAGUAUUUGUUUUGAAAUUAUUUUUUUGUAUGUGUGAUACACUUUUGAUAUUAUUUCUAAAUGUAUAAGCAGAUAACAAUGCAUUCUUAAAAUAUCAGUUUUUAAUACUAGGUAAAUUAAUAACGGAGUAGAAAAAUGUAUUAUUUAUGAACCUAAAAUAAUCAUCAUAAACUAAUAUUUGAUUGCAUUCCUUAAUGUAUUUUUCAAAAGCUGAAUAUGAGACUGAUAUACUUGACACUAAAAGGCAAUGCCGUAACUAACAAUUAAUAAUUGUACAAAGAAUAAAUAAACCAUACACUUCAUAUAAACAUUACAUUUAUGACGUAUAUCACCAAAAACAUAAACAAAUUUUCUUACAAUAUUACUUACAUGAUAAUUCCAUUUAAGUUUACUGUCUAAGACCUAAGUACUUAAUAUAAUUUAUAUUUUCUAGAAUAACGCAGUAACCGCAAUUAUUUGUAUAUUGACAAUUAAAUGAUUAAAUUAUUAUACAUUUGAAAAAAAACAUCUCUAUAAAUGAUAUAAUUAUAUACCUCAGCUAAUUUUUAUCUGGAUAAGAUAAAAGAUAAAAAUAUGUACAUAUCUAGAUUAUAGAUAAAACACAACACUUAGUCAUUUAUGAAUAGUGCAUAUCAUCAUGAAAUAUGUAGGUACAAAUGAAAAUCGUUCGUGCACUCGAAUAUUAAAAUAUAUAUGAAUUUUCUGUGUAUAGCUGUGCGUAUAAAUACUCGUACCCUCACGUGUAUACAAAUAAUAUUCGAAAAAAGUAAUGGCCAUAUGGGUUUUUCGGUGCGAGGCAUAAAAAAAAACUUUUGAAAACAGCAUUAUAAAUUCAAAUGCGAAUUCGAUACUUUACAUUUUUUUUAAACAAGUAUAAUAAUAUAUCAAACUUUAAUACUUUAUAUAAUUUCGAGUUACCUAAUACCCGUUUUACUUAUAUUUGUAUAACUCAAAAGUAUAAGGAAAUAUUGUUAUUUGAAAAUGUGUAAUACGGAUUUGAUAAAAUGUAUAAAUAAUAAUUGAUAGAAUAUAAUAAGUAUAUUAUACGCAAAAACUUUUAUGGUAAAGUUUUUUUUCAAACUUAAAUAAUCAGAACAUAUAAUAUAUAUUCUACAUGUAUAUAUUUUGUUCCCAAAAUCUUUCUCCCUAUACUAAAUAAGAAAAGGAAUUUCGAAAUUAUAUAUUAGUUUAAACGAAUAUAAAAGAAGUAUAUGUGGAAUAACGGAAAAUUUUGAGAUUGAUAUAAGUAUGCAUCAUAAUUCGGCUUUGAGCCUUUAUCUGUUUUCUGUAGUAAUGGAUAAAAGUACGAAGGAAAUACAAGGCGAAGUACUAUGGUGCAUGAUGUUUGCAGAUAAUAUAGUUUUGUUAGAAGAAAAUGUGGAAGAAAUUAUUAGUAAUAGGCUUGAAGAAUGGAGAGUAGCACUUAAAGGCAAGGGGUUAAGGAUAAGUAGAAAUAAAAUAGAGGAUAUAGAGUAUAAGUUUAGAUAUAGAGGACAUUAAACGACGAGUAUUUACAAUAAGUGAUGACGAGAAUAGACGAUGUUAAGAGUAUUAAGUACCUAUCUAGAAUCUUUUGCACUAAACCGGUGCGGCGGCAAUGACAAGAAUAUUGUGAAAAAAGCUGUCCUAGGAUAAUGAGAACGGGUGCAGUCACUAUUAUAGGGAAUUUGGGAAGGUAGGAUACAGAAGGGAAUUUAAUAUAUAUCUGUAAGCAAUGGUAAACCAUUGCUAAUGAAAAACGAUUUUGAGUGGAGUUUAGUUGAUAGUGAUUCUUUGUCGACAAUAUGUAUAGGUACCAUAUUAUAGUAAAAUAAUUGAAUAGGCAUUAUAUAUUUUCUUUAAUAAUAUUUGUUUAAUAUUGAUCCGCUUUUCCCAUUUUUCCCGGUUUUCCCACAUUUGUCCCAGUUUUUCACAUUUGCUGGGAAAAUCAAAAAAAUUACCUCUAUAAAGUACCACCCCACACCGAUUUCCUUUCAGAAAAAGUGCUAUACUUGUAAAUCGGAACAAUAUUUCUGGUAGAAAAGUUGUUCACAGAUAAAAAAAAUAAAAAAAAAUUAACAUCAUUGUUAAACCAUAAGCUUCUUCUCUCCACUCAGAAUCUAAAUAGGAUUAAACGUAAUUGGAUAAAGUGAUGAGUGUUUUAUGUUACAAGUGAAUUCCAAUGAGACUUAAAUUUAAGGUCUACAUAAUUGUGGUGAGACUGAUUAUGUUCGAUGGUUCGGAGUGUUGGGUGGUAGAUGAACAAAUAAAACAGAGAACGAAUGAAGCAGAAAUAAAAAUUCCUAGAUGGAUGAGUGGAGUGACGAGAAAAUAUAGAAUAAUGAACGAGUAUAUAGGAUAAGAGUGGAUUUGAAAAUAUACGAAACGAGAGAAAAUGCACAGAGAUGAUUAGAACAUGUUAUAAGGAGAGAAAAAUAGCAUUAAUAGUGAUAAUGAAAAUAAAUGUAGGAUGAAAAAGGGAAAGAGGAAGACUCAAAAAAAGGUAGUUGGAUGCAACUGAGAGUAUAUGGAGAAAGCAGGUUUAUGCGGGGACGGUGUAGGGACGAUAGGGUCAAAUGGAAGUUAGCAGACUCCAAAUAAUUGAAUUGAAGGCAAAGAAGAAGAAAAGUCAUAAUUAUAAAUUUCUUUCUCGUCCAUUAUUAUAAUAUCAUAGUAUUAUUAUUACCAAUUACAAUACGAAUAAUGCACAAUAUAUUCGCAUAUAUCAUCAUGUAAAAAUUAAAAAGACAUUUCAGGUAAUCAUAUUACUAUCAAUUCCCAAAUGAAUAAUGUAAGGAUUUGGAAUUUAUUGCUUUUGGUAAAUAUUAUGCACGGAAAAUGUCGAUAUACGCGAAGUUGACAGAAAAAAAAGUCAUUAUUAUAAUAAGUAUAGGUACCCGAAUAAACAUAUUAAAAUGUAGCAAAAUACUUACACGCGACAUCUAUAAAAUUCGAUGGAUAUUCAAUGGAAAGUGAAGUGAAUUUAUGUAUACAUUGUAUGAAUUCGUAUAGGAAUUAAAGUCGUAUUUGUUCGCGUGCGUUUACACACUGAUUAUAAAAUUUGUCAAAAGAAUAAAACAAAAAAAAUGGUAUUUCACACCGAAAUUAUGAGGUAGGUACGCUUUUUCCGGAACCGUAAGAAUAAAAGAAAGAUUAAAUUAUAUUAUGCCAACCUAUUUUUUUCUCUCUCUCUCUCUUCUUAUAGGUAAAGGUAGAUGACAUCGUAGCCGACGCCUAGUCCCCUGUCGUGGAGACGUAAGCGCCAAAAUGAGAUUAAAAAAAAAAAUCAAAAAUUAUUGAUUUAUUUCAAAUUCUACAGAGUAUGAAAAGAAUCAAAGAAGAUUCUAUAUAAGGAAACCGGAAGUUCAUUCAGCCUUUUAGUAUAUUAUAAAACAUAUGGUCCGUUUCCAUUCGUCUAGUCUCCGAUUUUUCGCCUCUAUUCGGAAUCAGAAUUAGAAUGAUGAUUUUAUAGUUUAUUCUCCAUUUUUUUUUUUAUCUCAAGUAAUCGAUACGACCUAUCCCCUAUACGGCUAUACCUAGUUAAAAUGUCCCUCGACGACUAUAAUUUAUCGUUUCCUCGGAUGACAACGAAAACAAAUAAAUCAACGGCACCUCCCUUCUUAUUUUGGCGAGCUUUUUGCGUUGAAACUAUUAAUUUACUCGAUACAAUUUUUCAGGCAACACGUUCGUGGCAAACGUGGCUUUGGCCGACCUGUUGAUCAGCGGCCUGGUCAUCCCGGCCUCGGCCGUCGUCAUCCUCGCCGGUCUACAGGACUCGCCACCGGUAUGCCAGUUCCAGUGGUUCCUGUCGAUCCUGUGCUGUCUGGUCACCGUGCUGACCAUGGCUGCAGUAGCCGCCGAAAACUACGUGCGGCUAUGUCUGACGCCCGAAUGCUACGCCAAACUGACCGUCACGAAAAUCACCACGCUGUUGUUCGCUAUAUGGAUCGUUAGCUCGAUUCUGGUCACUUUGCAGUUCAUUUACAAAUUGGGACCCGAUUAUUGUGCCAAAAGGGUACGACGAGUGCGUUUGUAUAAAUAUUUUAUAUUUAAUGUACAUAAAAAAUUAUAUAUAUAUAUGCUUUCUUAUAUUAUCAUAUAUAACCAGUGACAGUUAUAACUGAAGUUGAAGUAGGAGUGAAAUUAGUUAAAUUUUAAACGUCCAAAAAGUCAUACUACCGUUUAAAAGAUAAUAAAUAUGAAAUCAUUAAUUAAUUACUUGCAUAUUAUUUAACCCAUAUCGCAUAUAACUAAAUAAAUAGUUAAAUACGGAUAAUAUACCGCCGUUUGUACGUUAUGAGUGCUACGGUGUGAACCACCAAAAAAAAAAAAAAAAGUAUAAGUGCCCUCUAAAAUAUACAAAUGCGGAAAUUCUUUAAAAUCCAGUAUAAAUGAAAAUUAAUUUCUAAUUGAUUUCAAAUAUAUAUAAGGAAGGCCGUAUAAUUCCAGAAAGUUAUAUUACCGACCGUAUAAUUACGGAAUUAAAGUGUAAUAGUCCGUAAAAUUCCGGGAAAAAAAUACCCGACCGUAAUGCCCCCGACCGUUUUUUUCCGGAAAAUAAAAUACGUAAACCAUAUUUUUACCGAUCGUAGAAGUCCAGAAUGUAAAUCCACCGACCAUAUUCUAAUAGACAAAAAUAAUAUGCGAACCAUAUAGUCACAGAAAGUAUAAUUUUGAAAUUUGAAAAUUUGAAAACCGUAUUUUCACCUAAUGUAAAAAUCCGGAAAUUCACAAACGGUAUAGUUCCCAACUGUGUUUCACCGGGAAAAAAAUUACGCAAACUGUAUUAUUCCCCGACCGUAUUAUUCCCGAGUUUGAUAACUUUCAUACCGUAUUUUUAUCAACCGUGAAUAUCCGGUGUUACCAGUGUAAUUUUUAUCUGCCAUAAUACGGUCGGAGUAUUUACAUUCCGGACCCCUGCGAUCGGUAAAAAUACUGUUUAGUAUUUUAUUUUCGGGGGAAAAAACGGUCUGUGGCAUACGGUCGGCUAUUAUACGUUCUGCGUAUUUUUUUUUUCCAGCGAAAAACGGUCUGCUAUUAUACAGUUUGUGAAUUUCCGGAUUUUUACAGUCGGUAAAAAUACGGUAUGAAAAUUAUCGAAUUCGGGAAUUAUACUGGAACAAUACGGUUUACAAAAAAAUAACUCCGUAAUAAUACGGUCGGGAACUAUAUAGGGUCUGCGAAUUGAUUUUUAUACCGAAAUAUAAUCUGGAACUAUACAGUUUGUAAAAUUCCGGAUUUCUACAGUCUGUGAAAAUACGGUCUGAAUAUUUACAGUCUAGAGCCUUCGUUAUGUACGAUUAUUUCUACAUGCGAGUUUCUACGUGCGUCCAUAUAUAAUACGAUUUUACCACAGUCUUUUCGUUGUUCUCGUGUUUCCUGUCGACUAAUUUUCUAGUCGACUAUUUGCAUACCGAUUUUCUAUAUAGCCUUUAAUAUUUAUACCUUCGAUUAUAUUACCGCGACAGUGCACAUAAAAGAAGAUAUUGUGUUCUCAAUUUACCCUCAUCGAAAUAUCUCUCUCCAUAAUGUGAUGAGAAUACUGUUACAAAAUUGAAUAAAACAUUUUUUUUUUUUAAAGUUUUUCAAAACGGAUAAAUAUCUAGUCUACGAAAAUUAUUCACUAUAAAGCUUCGAAUAGUUAAUUUUUAAAAUAUGAACUAAGCUAUUUGUUUGCCGUAAAAAAAAAAAAAAUAAUAAUAAUAAAAAUAAAAAUAAUUACAAUAAAAUCCUAACUAAAAAGACGGACAUACUUCGCACAUGGAUAAACCACUGUUAUAGUUAAGAAAUUGGAAAGAUAGGGUAUUGAAGGAAAUUUAAUGUGUAUCUGUACCCAACAAUUAACCAUUGCUAAUGAAAAAACGAUUCUGAACAGAAUUAAGUUAAUAGAAUUGCUUUGGUAACCAAUAUAUAUAUGUCAGAUUAUGGUAAAAUAAUUACAUAUUUUCUCUAAUAAUAUUUGUUCAAUAUUGUAUCUAUUUUGCCGUUUUUCCCGGUUUUUAAUGUGUUUUUCAUUUAUUAGAAAAACAAAUAGAAAAAUCAAAAAAUGACUUUCUUAAAGUAGCAUCCCAUUCAGAUUUCUUUUCAGAAAAAGUGCUAUACUUGAAAAUCGGAGCAAAAUUGCUGGUGGAAAAGUUGUCCACAAAAAAAAAAUAAACAUCAUUGUAAAACCAAUAUAUUCCUCGCUCCGCUCAUAAUCUAAAAUUAUAUCUAAUAGCAUUAUGAUUUUAUAUAGUAAUUUUGUAAAUAUCUGACCAAGAUUAAAAAUUAAAAAUUAAUAAUCAUCCGGGAAAUGUAUAAGAAUUUUCGUUAAAAGAAAGUACUCGCAAUGCGAGUUUUGCUACACCUAUUAUUAUAUUAACUAUUGAAAAUUACACUUCCGGAAGAGCUUCAAUUUCAUAAUAGAAAUGUCUCGAAACGAGUUCGACCGUGAUAAAUUAUAAACAUCAAUGGAUUUUUUUUUUUAAUUAAAUUAAAUUAUUUAACGAUUAUAAUAUAUAUUAUAAUAGGUACGCUUCCUUUUCUUAACAAAAAUAAUUAUUUUAAACAUAGCUGCAGGUGGAUAAUACCUCUGUUAUACCAAAAAAUAAUUAAAAUAUCUGUCAAGUAGCGUCACAGUGUCUGAGAUGAGGUAAUGCCCGCAUGUAUAUAUACAACAACAUGCUAUCUUAAUGAAAAGAAGUAAAUGUUUUGCUAAAGCUUAUUGUGAUGACACCGGCCAAACUUUCUGAAAGCGUAUUUUUUCUUUUUUCGUCUGCAUAAUAACAUGCAUCGAACAACAAGUAAAUAGCAUUGUUUUAUCUGUAUAUAUGUAGUAGGUAUAUUUUUAUCUUUUAUCCAGAUAAAUGGGAAAAAAAAUCAUCUAAAUUUUAAUCUGAUAUAAUUAAAUCAUCUUUAGAAAAAAAAUGUUUAAACUGUACCUAAUCAAAAUAUUUACUAGACAUAAUAAGUUAAAUAUACGUAAAUAUAAGUUAAAUUUACAUACAUAUACGUUAUAUUAAUAUGCAGGUUUAUAAAUUAAAAUUAUUCAAAUAAAAUCAAUAAGCUUUUUGAAAAAUUAACUUCUACUGCAUCAGUAAGCAUCUCGGUUUUUAUAGUUUUAUAGAAUAAUCAAAAACAUUAUUUAAAUUAUUUUAUUUCAUUUAAUUCAAUACCGGUAAUGUUUAAUUAAUUUAGUAUACUACAUUUAUAAUAUAUUUUAUGAAAAAAAAAGAGCUAAUACUGGAAACGGGUGCACCACUGUUUUAGGUGAGAAGUUGGAAAGGUAGGACACAUCAAAAUUAUUUAAUUUAUACCCGUAAACAACGAUAAACAAUUCCGAGGGAAUUUUGGUUAUGCAUAUUUUGAAAAGCCGUAAUAUUUACCAUUUUCGUCAUAAUUUUAUUUUAAAUCCCUUAUAAAAUACUACCUACAUUACACUUAAUUUUUUCUAUCGGCCGCUAAGUAUGACUUAUAAUAAAUAAACUUCUUGUAAAAUGUUCAAGUAUUUCUGUUUAGUCUAUCAAUUUUAUUGACAGAGUACCUACCAAAUAAAAAUUACGUAAAUUACUCGCAAAAUUGAAAUUUCUAUAAAUAUCUCAAACAUAUUUAAAUGUUUUUGAAAAUUUUACCACGUCUAGAAAAACAAAUAUGUUUUAUGUCAACGCUUCACAUCUCUACGACUCUAUCUUUCUUUUUUGCCAAAAAAGGGACUACACUCUAUACAGUGGAACAAAAUGUAUUUUAAAAAAGUUGUUUACAGACAAAAAAAAACACACAUAUCAUAAUAGUAAAACCAACAAAUUCCUCGAUACGCUCCGAAUCUAAAAUGCAAUUAUUGUCAUGUGUUAUUGACUGAGAUAAAUACAUUAUGUUGAUAAGAGUUGUUGUCAUUCUCGUAAUUUACAGCGUGUCCACGAAUCUAACAAGUGAAUUAUAUGAGUUAGAGAAUUAGAACUAGAACAAAACAUUAUCGAAAAUACUUGGUUUAUUAAUAUCGAUAUCAAAUAUUAAAAUAUGUGCUAUUGCAAUGUACAAGCGACGUUAUGUUUUAUGAUAAAAAAUGAAAAAAAAUGAUCCGGAUUAAAAAUUUCGGAUUAUACGAGUAUCGAAGUAUAUCAUUGUCUAUCUUUAUAAUUAUUCUAGUAAUUAUUAAUUAUAAUUUUUAUUUGGAUGCUCUCAAUUUGAGAAUUGUAUAUACACAAUACCGACAACAAGUCACCUGUAACCAUACAUUUGAUUGUCGCUAUAGUACCAUAAGUCCAAUAUUUAGUUAUAGGAAUUACCGUUUUAAAACGACCGCGUUGUAGACACAGCUAACGUGGCCAGUGCUAGAAGAACAGCGAAGAAAAUAGAUCUUAAAAUAAAUACUGAGAAUACAAAGAUAAUGGAACUUAUUGAGAGUGAAGAAAACCCCAAUGAGAUGGAUUUAACCAACUUAACCUACGAAAAAGUUGGCGAUUUUAAAUAUUUGGGAGCAAUGUUAAACACAAAGAAUGACUAAUCAAAGAAAAUAAGUAUUCGGGUAAAUAAAGCUCAAAAAGCUUUCUACUCAUUGAACAAAUUCCUAACAUCCAAAAUGAUGUCUAGGAAAACAAAGGUGAGACAGUAUGUGGCUAUUAUAAGACCGACUCUCAUGUAUGGUUACGGGACUUGGACGAUAACCAAACAAACAAAGAGAAACCUGAGGACUUUUGAGAACAGAGUAUGCCAGAAAAUAUGUGGACCCAUCAUCGAUGAAACAACGGGGAACUGGUAGAAGAGGUAUAACAGAGAACUAUAUGAUUUGUUGGGAUUAGCACCAGUAACAAGGUUUAUUAAAGGCCAAAGGUUACAAUGAUUAAGUCAUAUAAUAAGAAUAGGAGAGAACGAAACAGUUAGAGCAGCAUUGAAAUGGAUACCGCUAGGGAAAUACCUAGGGGAAGACCUAAGAAAAGAUGGAUUAAUGUGGUGGAAGAAGAUCUAAAAACCCUUGGAAUUGAAAAUUGGAGAUUACAGUUCAAGAUAGAGAUAGGUGGUGAAGUGUAGUAAUGGCAGCAAAAACACUUAAAGAGUAGACAUGUCAAAAGAAAAAGAAGAAAAGACCAUUAUAAAAACGAAUGGCGUGGUUUUGAAAAUCCAUAUUCGAAAUUAAAUACGGAUGGACAAAUGUCGAUUACAUCCCUAGUGGCGUGCUUGAAGUACAUUUUCAUUGCCGUGUGUGUUAUGUAAUUAAUGAAUUAAUUAUUCAGCAUUAUUUAGUCCAUAGCAAAAAAAAACGACCUUUAAUAAUUGCGUAUAUAGUCACUGGUAGUUGGCUCUUCUGUAGUGAAUUCCCACUGCUCGUUGAAAAUUCGUAUAUUUUACUUCGAAUAAAGAAUAGUUUUUAUUUUUCCGGAAAUGUUGAUAUCAUAUUAUUGUAUGCUGCAUUAAUCAAGCUUUAAAAAUGCGAACUGUAAUAUUAUUACUUUACGUUUACUCGGUAGAAAUGUAUAUUAUGUAUAAUUUAUUGGCAUAAACUACGAUAAAAAGAAAAGAACUUUAAAUACUAUAGUUUGACGUUUGAAAACAAAUAUUUAUUCUCAAAGCCGUGGGUAGCGUAUAACAAUCGAUUAUAGGAGUAACUGAAUUGUGUGUGAAUAAUAUGUGACGUAUAAUUUGGAGGAGCUUUUUAAAUACAAUGACUCAUCUACAAGAAAAAUGUAAAAAAAAAAAACCCACAGAAAUCCAAUUUACUUAAAAUAUUCACCUAAUAUGGCUGGUUGAUAUUAAAAACGAAAAAAAAGUUCUUUAUAUAAAUAUAAUAAUAUAACAUUAGGUACCUAUACGGUUUUGCGUAAAACGAUGAUCAUAUUAUUAUUAAACGUCAAAGUUACUGCAGCUGAAGCAUCGUCUCGAACAAAAAAAAAAUCCAUUUAUCCGAACGCAUAAAAGGGUAUAUGAAAACGAUUCCUUCCGUUCUUACAAAAUAAAAAAAAAAAAAAACCUUCAUACCUAUACAAUAUUAUAUAAUAUAUUAAUACAAGUUUCUAGAACGCCAUCGUUUGACCUUUUCAAUUAUUUAUAAUAAAUAUUUAUACACAUACAGGGUGAUCGACACAACAUAACAUGUCGGAAAGUAUUAACUAGUUUCGGAAUUUGUUUUUUAGACCACUUGAGAAAUAAGCAACUCUAAAAUUUUACAUUUAGUUUAUUUUUCGUCGUCCUUAUUUUAAGGGAUGUAAUCACUAUUUUUUUUCCUCGAUCGUUUGUUUCUUAUGUGUUCUGAAACAUAAAUUCCGAAAAAAGUUAAUACUUUCCGAGAUAAUGAGUUUCUUACGUUAUGUCGAUCGUCCUGUAUAUAUAAUAUUAUCGUAUAUGCGAUUCUCGCCUCUCCCCCAAUCCAUUAUCACUAUGUAUAUGCCCAUUUUUAUUUUCAUUUCCGGUGUAGAAGACACUCGGGGAUUAGUCGCGAGGAAAGCUGAUACUUACCGACAAGUCGACAGCUGUACCAUAAUAAUAUUAUAACCAAUUUCGGUCUAUAGUGUAUACCGUAAGCUCAUCACCACGGUUACCACGUUAUAUACUUCGACUUUGAUAAUAUUACUACCGUUAUUAUUAUUAACGUUUUAUCGGACAAUAUAUUCGGUUAAAGUAAAAAGAAAUUGACAAAGCGUUUUCGUUGAGAUUUCUAUUUAUCGAUAAAAUAUAAUGCUUAAAUUUAUAAUACGUUGACGACAACGUGUCGUCAUUACGAAUUAGGUACCUACCUACGUUAUAGGAACUCUGUUCUUUUUUUUUAUUAGUAACAAUCACUUUUUACGUUGUUUUAUACACUUUUUCGGUGAGAUUCAUAUGAGAUUUGUUAAGAAAAAUCGAUAACAAAUGUCGAUGAAUCGGUUUUAUUUGUAUUGAUUUUUGAAUAGCAUAAAAAGAGAAAACACGGCUAACACUUUAAUUUAAAACCUUACCAGAUUACCAAACUCCACACAUAAUCGUUUUUUUCGAUUUCUCGUUGCUCUCAAUAUAUUUUUUUUUCUAUUAGAAUAAUAUUUUACAAUGUAUUAUUAUUUAAAUUACCCCAUUAAACAGAGCUUAUGGCAAGUGAAAUGAGGUUAUAAGUAUACAAUAUAAUCUUAUAAAUAAUUUACGAUGUAUAAGCUUUAAGAAAUUUUUAAAAAUAAAGGUUAUCUAAAUAAAUUGAUCUACGUAGUGCAUUCGAUUUUAAGUACGAAAAACUCAAAAUUUAAGGUAGGUAAUAUUAAUUCAGUUUUUUUUUUUUUGCGAGGAGCGUGGUUUUGACUGUAAAUACUACCGCUAACGAUAUUCUCGGGUUGUUUUUUUUUUAUUUUACGUACUUACAUUUCCCUAACGGUCCACAAACAGACCGUAUUGACUAAUUAGUAUUCGUUAUUUCGCGGUCGGUUCAGAAUCGAUAUCCAUCAUUUAGAAUGUAAGUACACUGCAAUAACGCAAUAUUAUUACAGAAGGUUUUCACUGCGGACUAAAAUACGAAAACGUUUACGUUCUUUUGGUAAGUUAUGCGAUCUGUCGAAAUGUAUACAAGUAUACGUGUACUCUAUAUACGUAUAUACUUAUAUACCUAUAAUACGAAUUAUACAUGAACCUUUAUACGUCGUAUUAGACAUGCAAAAUACAAAUUUACUAUCCAAAAUACGUUUAACACAAUAAGAACCUCGAAUAUAUUAUGUUUAGCAAAAUUAAAUUUCGAAUUAUACUUGGUAAACCCUGUUAUCUUGAAACAAAUGGCAUGUAUCUUUCUUAACAUUUAAGAAAACUUAAAACACGUUCGAUAUGAGGCAAAUGAACGAAUUUUCUGUUAAUCACUAAAAUUAUUUGACAAACCAUAGGCCUGUUUAAUCUUUCAUAACUGGAGGUGCAACUAUUUUUUUUUAAGGAUUCCUAUUAGAGAAGUAAGAACUUACGGCACUUAAACUUCGUAUAAACUGAAAAAUAUAUUAAUAUACCCAAUAUCUUAUUGAAUUAAUAUUACUUAUUAUCUUAGUCUGACUUAAUAAUUGAUAUUUUGAUUUUCAUACUGAAUUUUUUUUUAAAUAUUUUAGCAAUGGGUACAAAUGCAUUCUUUUUCAUAAACAUGCCUAUGAAUGAGACUAAUAAUUCGAUUCAAAACCUUGUUUACAGAAAAAUUCAGGAGUCCGUAUGAUUAUACGUGUAUGUAUUAAUAAACUACAUUGUACUCAUCAGGGUUCGUCGCCAGUGGCAUGCAGCAGCGUGCCCAGGAAUUAUAAACAGGCUGCUUUAUGGCAAAUAAGAAUUGUAAAGAAAUCGUAAAUCGCCUUCUCUACCCAACUUAACUUUAUUAAAAGCCGAAUCUAAUAAAAACCAAUUUCCAGUUAAUACACCACGUUUUUCCUUGUAACUUGGCUAAAACAUAUAAUAUUAUAUAUAUUUCAAGAUUAAAUUACUAAAUACUCAUGGCGUAGAGACAUGAAUAAAAAUGUAGUGAAAAAUUGAAUUUUUAUUUUUUAUUCCUUAUUUACUCAAAAAAAUAACUUUAUUUUUUGAUUUUUUAAAAUUUUCAAAAAAGCCAAUUUGUAAAAUUAUUCUUAACAUUUCAAUAUACUAUACUUACAUAUUCGAUCAAUAAUUUCUUAGUAAUAGCCGUUUCAAUUUCUAGAAAAUCUAUGUGAAAACAAUAAAUAUACAAUAAAAUAUAAGGAAUUUCCAUGCUUGAUUAUGAUUCCAUAUCGUAUGUUAUUCUAUUGAAAUUUAAUUAUUUUCAUGCCAAUUUUCAUUGGGACAUUUGUGUCCCCCUGACAAGAAACCUGACAUUUAAAAAAAAAUAAAAUAUCGACAGAGUUAUUAACAUUCGGAAAACACUGUAGGACACUAUGUAUUUACGUACCGUAUUCCAACAUGAAACUUUCCAAAUGGUUUGUAACGGACUGUUUAAUUUUCUGUAUUUUAGCAAUGAAAUAAAAAUAAUAUAAUCGAAAUGAAACAAGAAUAACACUAAGUCGCGAACAUAUUAGUUGGAAGUGACACUUUUAUUUACGGGUAGGUAUUAGGUAUAUUCAUGCCCGUCGUAAGAUAUUUUCCGUUCUAAAGCAAACAUUUUAUUACCGUCUUUUUGACGGUUAUUCAUUUUAUUUUGCCGCUUCAAUUUCUUUAAAACUGUAUGCCUCCCUAAAGCAACGCAUGACUUGAUUGUACCCUACCGACGAGCCUGGGUAUAUUAAUGCAAUCAAUUAUAGCCAAUGAAUUAUUUACUAAGAAAAGUAUUUUAUAGAAUACAAUAUAUAAGAAUAUAAGAAUUUAUUAAGAAUUUAUUAGAUAAAUAUUUUAAAAACACGAUACAAUAAAAUCCAGUGAAAAAUUUUAAAAUUAACGCACGUGUUUAUUUAUUUAUUUAUUUAUUAUUGAAUUUUUAAAUAGUAUUAUCAUGAAUCAUCAAGUAUUCUUAAAACUUCAAAAUCACUAAACAUGCAAAAAUGUGCACUAUAAACUUUUUAUAUGUAUGUUUUUCGUUGUUUCGAAAGCAAAUGCAUGUCCCAAACCCUAAUGACGACUUUUUUUUUUUGCUCCUUGGCCUUUUCUAAUCUUAUCUAAGUUUUAGUUUUGCCACUGCGUAUACUCACUAAAAAAUGUACGACUAAAUUAUUGGAUAUAACCCCUAACCUCCCCUCUAUGCACACGCCACUGGUGGUAUACCCUGGAAUUUUCAGAGAGAAAUGAGUGAGAGAAUGUAGUAAAUAAAUGUAGUGAGUAAAUCAUAAAAUCUUCUUUUAUACGUAUACCUAAUCCGACGAAUGGUGUUUACAAGUUAGAUCCAAAAGAGCCAAUUUUUAUCUAACAAAUCGAGCGUUUACAUUUAACUUGGUUAAAAUAUGUAACACACAUUACAAAACCGUUAAAUUACUAAAUGAAUACUCAUCUAGUGGUUGUAUUUUUAAACCAACGGGGGAUAGUUAUAUGUAGGUAUAUGUAUACCAAAACCCCGCCAACUCCCAUCCUAUGCACACCACUCCCAUACACGAAAAGGUCUUCGGGUCACUUUCAGAAUUUGUGCGUGGUGUUCGAUAUGAUAAUACCAUUACAAUAUUAAUAUUUAUAUGGUGACGGGCCGUGACGAAGUCCCAUGAGGAUUCACUGUAUAAUUUUAAAGAUCAAUCGAAUUCGCGUAGGCCGUAUAAUAGGUAGCUACACAUUUACACGAACUCUCGGGGGACAGACCGACUCGUUCGGCAGUCGUGCCGCACCCGAAUAAAAUAGACUGUGAAAAAGACGAGACGACGUUAGAAUAAUUAAAGCGACAAACAUAGGUUCGCAAUAAUAGUAUGUAAAUAGUAUUAUACGAAUUAUGGGUGAUACUCGAAUAUAACCCAACCCAUAUUCAAUAAUAAUAUCGAACAUAUCAUUAGGGGGAGGGUAUACAAUUCUAUAGUGGUAUAGUAAUGAUUUUAUCCUGAGGAGGGGUAGCGAUAAUUUGUUAGGUAAACAUCGUUUGAGGGCCCCCCUAAACCACCCAUAAAAUCUGUGUUUUAGAUUCUCAGCGUAAUGAAGAAGCUAUAAGUUUUACUAAGACGUGUUUUUUUGUUAAAAAAAAUUACAUAGUAAAAAUGCUCCUAAUUUUUCAUGUCUCGCAUUAAAUAAUACAAUAUGUAUCUCGACUGUUUAUGAAAAGUCAAACGUUCAGAAGCAUCUUUCCAAUCAUUAAAACCUUCAUUAGAACCAAAUUGACUAUCACUUGUAAAUAAUCUACAUACUGCGCAAAAUAGACAACCAAUUUUCGCAGAACAAACUCGUACUAGCUACGUACGUUGGACAUUUUCAUUAUUUUCGAGUUUUUUGAUAAAAAUGUCUUCUAACAAUAUCUAUUGACAUUACCAUAUAUUCUAAAAGAUGAUGAAAAAUCACAAUCAAUAUUUUGUUCAUAAGCAUUUCGUGUUAUGUAAUCUCGAUGACAAUUUUUAGAUUUCAAUUUAGUUAGAUCAUUCCAAUUUAAAGAUUGAUUUACAUUUAAAAUGGAGACUGGUAGUGCUAAAACAGAAUCGAAUCUAGUAGAGCAAAGACCUAUGGGAAGGUCAGGGAUGAGGCGAAAAGACGUAUAUAGUGAAAAGGGACGUGGAAACUUCUCGCGAUGAGAUAGCUGACGGGUUAGUUUUUAGAUCAAUCAAGGUCAUAACUGGAAAAUAACUUCGAGUGGGGGGGGGGAAGGUCGUAAACUAAAAAUGGGCGAUUUUCUAAUUUGAUUGAAAAUUGUUUUAACUGAAACAAUUUUUUUCCCACAACACAAUAUAACGUAAAAACCUUGACACACACAAAAAAAAAUUAAAAGGGGUUGAACCUCCGAAACCCCCCUCGAGAUCAAUUAGAGUGAUGAUCCUAGGGGCCGAGUAACCGAACGCAAAAGAAAUAUGGUAACCCAUCACUUGUUUGAAAACAAUUUGGUAUAAUAUGUUCAUCGUACUAGGUACCAACUGUAUAAUAAAUUAUUUGAUUUACUUGUUUCAAACCGUAUACACAAGUAUUAAGUAACUAUCGGCGACUUGUUUUGCUUAUUUACUUGCCCAAUUUACGUGUACUCGGCUUUAAACGUAUAUAAUAUUAAUACUAAUAACAUCGUGUUGCAUAGGUGAGCAAUAUCAUGCCAACCCAGAUCCUGGUGGCCGGAACCAUCUUGUUAGCACCGUUACUCAUCACGGCCGCACUGUACGUGCGGAUCACGUACCAGGUGCACGUGGCUCGGCUGAACCCAAGCUUCAAGCCGCCGCUGGCGUUUAACUGGGACUACUCGCUGAUGUUAGCCAACGCGUACAGCUUCGUCAUGUUCAUCGUGUUCUGGGCACCGUUCGCCGUCGUCCUGUCACUGGCCACCGUCCAGAUAAUGUCGGCCCAGGUGUUCUACAACCUGGCGUGGCUGGCGCUCAGCAAGUCGUGCUUUAACAACCUGGUAUAUUGCGCCGGGAACCGGCACUUCCGGAACGCGUACGUCAACCUGUUCCAUUACUGCUGCUGCAAGACCACGGUGACGUUCUCGCGGCGGGCCCGCGACGGUGCCAGCCGCCCGUCCGGCGACGUGCGCGUGCACAUCAUACCCGGCUACAACAUGUACUCGUACACCAGCCCCACCCGGUCCCGGGAGUCGGGCUCUUGCCCGCUCCAGGGCAGGCCACGGACCCGGGCUAACGGCGGCGGGUGUGGCGGCGGUAGUGGCAGCGGGGGUGGCGGCGGCGGCGGUCGAGACGUGUACGAGCUGUAA